UGCCGUCGCGGACCGCAAGGAUGACCCGCGCAGGCGCAGAGCCGCCGGAGCCCGGGCUCCCGAGGCGCCGAGGGCUAGCACCUGUCGCUUCUGAGGAGCUGCCAGCGCCCUCCCUCCCCCUCCGCAGGGCGCGGACCCUCGGUGCCCUGCGCUCCCAGCGCGGUCUAUUUAUAUCGCCGGGCCCUCACAGGCCCAUAUUGGGCAGUGCCCGCCGGUCCAGGCCGCUAGCUGCCCCGCCCCGGCCAGCCCGGCUCCGUCUGUGCGGCCACAGGGCCGGGUCGCGGCGCCAUCGCUGCAGCCUCUGCGGAGCCAGUGGGGCCGUGCCUCAAGCCGGGGGUCAGCAGCUUUUUCAGGUGUACAAAGUAGUAACUGGACAAUUUCAGACAUGCAGUGCUCACCACGCAACAUCAAGGUCAACGCUUUGGGAACUAAGGAGUCUGGACCGCCUGCAUUGUACCAGAUCUAGUGAUCCUACCUGGAAACUGCUCUUGGCUUUCUAGCACUGGUAUUGGUAUCCUCUGAGUGAGUCUUAGGUAUCAGUACAAAUGGAAUAGGAGAAACUUGUUAAUAUUUAUCUCCUUAUAAGGAAACUUUUCUGGUUUUCAGCUCAAAGUAACAGCUGCCAUCUAUAAAGUUGAUUGAUGUGUUUAUGUACAAAGAAGCCCACAUAAUAUGAUUUGGGCUACUCAUAAUGUGUUGUAGGAGAGCUCAGAAAUAUAAUGACCUCUUAAUUACCCAUAAUUGGAUUCUCUUGGUAAAAAUCUAAACAAAUGAAAGUAAAAAACAAGGGUUCACUUCUAACCUACAAGGCCUUACAAAGAUUGUCUUAAGCUUUUACUGAAAUCAAGCUGAGACAUUAAUGCUGGAAAAUGUAGCAAGGAGGAUUUUAUUCCUAUUUCAAUUACACAGAUUCUUAGAUCAGCUAGUUGUUAUCAUUCCACACACUCCCGCACAGUGAUUUUUUGGUCUUAUAGUUGCAUUGUAUUCUUAAACAUUUCUCUCGUGCUUAACACUUUGAUUCAAUGAACUUUAAUUCAACACUGAAAAAAGUGUCAUUUCUCAUUGAGAUACAGUGAGAAUUGAGAUGCAGAAAUCUCACUGAGAUUUCUAAAUUUGAUAGGAUUAUAGAAACGCAGAACUUUGACAGCUGACAAAUUAUGCUUUCGAAUGAUUAAAAUCAUCACUUCUCUUCCUCUCUUAAUUCCUAGGAGUGGCUUUUCUACCAUGGUUCAUUCUUAACCUCAUACAACUUCUAGCCAAGUAAGAACUAGAAAGUGUGUCAGGAUCUGAAGACCUGCUCCUCAACAUGAAGGAGUGUUCCAGCACAUCUCUGUUGCUCUGUGAGUAAUCAGACAUGCAAAUAGCCCCACAAGAAUCCUGCUAUAUUUGAACAAGACAUACUUAGAAGCACUGAAAAGUGUAUCAUGGAGUGCAAAGCUGAGGGAAAAGAAAAAUACCAACAUAGUUUGAAUUUAUUGAAUCAAGUUAAGAACAUGAAAGAAUUAGCAGAAAUGAUCGAUGUCGUACUCAUAGCAGAAGGGGAGAAAUUUCCUUGCCACAGGCUGGUCCUGGCUGCAUUUAGUCCUUAUUUCAAAGCUAUGUUCACCUGUGGACUACUCGAAUGUACUCAAAGGGAAGUCAUACUUUAUGACAUCACAGCAGAAAGUGUGUCUGUGAUACUGAAUUACAUGUACAAUGCGGCUUUAGAGAUCAGUAACACCAAUGUGCAGACCGUAGCUAUGGCUGCCUAUUUCAUGCAGAUGGAAGAAAUCUUCAACGUGUGUCAAAAAUAUAUGAUGGACCAUAUGGACGCCUCGAACUGUGUGGGUAUCUAUUAUUUUGCAAAGCAGAUUGGAGCUGAAGAUUUAUCUGAUCAGUCGAAGAAAUAUUUGUAUCAGCACUUUGCUGAGGUGAGCUUACAUGAAGAAAUAUUGGAAAUCGAAGCACACCAAUUUCUGACGCUUAUUAAAUCGGAUGACCUUAACAUAUCCAGGGAGGAGAGCAUUCUGGACUUAGUCCUGAGAUGGGUAAAUCAUAACCAAGAAUUGCGCAUGGAGCAUCUGGUUGAACUUUUGAAGCAAGUCCGGUUGGAACUUAUAAAUCCUUCUUUUUUAAGACAAGCCCUAAAAAGGAACACAAUGCUUCUGUGUGACGCGGAUUGCAUUGACAUAAUUCAGAACGCAUUCAAAGCCAUCAAGACACCCCAGCAGCACUCUCUGAAUCUUCGUUACGGCAUGGAGACUACUAGUCUUUUGCUUUGCAUUGGCAACAAUUCUUCAGGCAUCAGGUCAAGACACAGGAACUAUGGGGACGCCAGUUUUUGUUACGAUCCUUCUUCACGAAAGACCUAUUUUGUCUCGUCUCCCAAGUAUGGAGAGGGCUUGGGAACUGUGUGUGCCGGUGUGGUCAUGGAAAACAACACCAUAAUUGUGUCUGGAGAAGCAAGUGCCUCUAAACUCUCUAGGCAAAAGAACAAGAAUGUUGAAAUCUAUAGGUAUCACGACAGAGGAAACCAGUUUUGGGAAAAGUUAUGCACCGCUGAAUUUCGAGAGCUCUAUGCUCUGGGCAGUGUCCAUAAUGACCUCUAUGUUAUAGGAGGACAGAUGAAAGUCAAAAACCAGUAUCUCAUUACAAACUGUGUGGAUAAGUACUCUGUAGAACGGGACAGUUGGAGAAGGGUGUGUCCCCUUCCACUGCAGUUGGCAUGCCAUGCCGUAGUAACCGUGAAUAAUAAACUCUACGUGAUCGGAGGCUGGACCCCUCAGAUGGAUCUCCCUGAUGAAGAACCAGAUCGACUAAGCAACAGACUGUUGCAGUAUGACCCUGGCCAAGAUCAAUGGACAGAGCGGGCGCCCAUGAAGUUCUCUAAAUACCGAUUCAGCACAGCAGUAGUCAACAGUGAGAUUUAUGUUUUGGGUGGAAUUGGCUGUGUAGGUCGAGACAAAGGCCAGGUUCGAAAGUGCCUUGAUGUGGUGGAGAUCUAUAACCCUGAUGGAGACUUCUGGAGAGAGGGCCCACCUAUGCCAAGUCCCCUGCUCUCCCUCCGAACCAAUUCCACCAAUGCAGGAGCCGUGGAUGGGAAGCUCUAUGUCUGCGGGGGAUUCCACGGAGCAGAUCGACAUGAGGUUAUCUCCAAAGAAAUACUGGAGCUGGACCCAUGGGAGAACCAAUGGAAUGUUGUAGCCAUCAAUGUCCUCAUGCAUGACAGUUAUGAUGUUUGCCUGGUGGCCAGGAUGAACCCCCGAGACCUCAUCCCCCCACCUUCAGAUCUGGUGGAAGAAGGCCAUGAACACUGAGGUCAGUAUUUACUGUAGGACCUCCUGCUGUGUCUACACGGGAGGCACUAGGAAUGGAAAAAGCCCACAGGCACCAGCCAGUCACCCUGAACAUGUGUGUUAUAUGCAUAGCGGUCCAUGUGCAAAGCUGUGUGUGCUGGAUAUUGUGAUAGGGACCUCCAGUUGGCUAGAAUGGACAAAACAUUACAAGGUCAAAUGUGGCAACAGCACAGGAAGAACACAGGGUGAGUGCCAUAGGAGUCAAGGGAUGCAGAGACCUCACACUGCUGGGGACUCAAGGACAGCAUCGUCAAGGAGCAGACCUUUUACUGGGGCCUCAGAUGGUGAAGAAGCAAUCCCAUGGGUGCAGCUCAUGGGGACAUGAGUCAGCUCAUGGGUCAGAUUGCCCGGGCCAUGGGCUCUGCUACUAAGGCUGGAAAAGGAGAUUAUAGACAAGUGACCAACACCUAUAAAAGCAAAGACUGUGGACCUGGUCUCUGAGCAGGGGAAUCAUCUCACCAUCUUGUGAUGUUAAAGGAAGACUUCCCUCUGUGCUCUCUUCCAGUUUCAAUCUUACAGAGACUCUCUAUUCUCGUGUAGAAUACUCUUCUACCACAGCAACGUUGCCCAGAAUGGGGUUAGCAGUGAACCACAAGUUCCUAACAGCUCAGGCACUCAAGCCUAACCACAGUGAGCAGAAAAACUCUACCCUCAUCCAGGCCCUGGCAGUGUCCUGGACUAGACUUAUCCAGGCUGCCCCCCAGCACACAUGACCUUGCAGGCUGGCCCUGACCAGGCUCUGGAGUGGAGGAGAGAAGAAGCACAUCCCUUUGGCUGCUGGCUGCCUGCCCUCUUACCUAGCCUUUGCAAGGUCUUCCCCAAGACUGCCAAUAGGGAUGGAGCCGCCUGCUCCGGCCCACAGUUGAGCAUAAUCAGAAAACAGCCAGUCCCAGAAUAUACUUUAGGGGUGACAUUUAAAUGACACAUGGGGAAUUCAUCUCUCUGACUUACCAUUCAUACUUCUGGAAGUACAGUGGAUUCAAAGAGUGCACUUUUGUAGCUGUUCCUCGAUAACUUCUCCAGAGUUUCCCAUUGCACAGGGCUCUUUUUUAAAACAGGAGUGGUCAGUAAAUUCCCUAGAACCUUCUCAGAGGGAGACAAUGCUAGAUUGAGACAGCUCUUGUCUGGUGCCAAGUCGUGUGACCAUGACAACCAUGAGCCCAUGGUCCCAGGUUCCAGCUGCUGAAGCAGGCAGAAGAGGCAGGCCCAGUGCCUCUUUCUGCCCUGUUUCUGCCAUCAUGACGGGGGUCCACUAAGACCCCACGCAGGUUGUCCCCAAGUAGGCCAGACUCUAGGAGGGCAGGGGCCAUGCCUGUCACUUUGCAAUGGCGCCACUUGGAACCUGCACUGAGCAAAGUGAAGAGAAGUUGAUGCUUCUCCCUGGCCAAGGCUCCUAAUCUCUGUGGGGAGGGGGAGGGGGGGGUCUUGCUACAAAGGCAGAGUAGUUCCUCUGAGUGAGCUGUGCUGUGGUCGUGGUCGCAGAGAGUCCCCCCAGCUCUGUUUCCCCGACUUCCUCUUAGCAGAACCGCAGUGCCUGCCCCACCCCUCGAGCACACACUAGAAGCUGCCACACUUCCCUGCAUCCAGGAAACCCUCGUCAGUGUGUCAUGAUACAACUUCUCCAUCCAUCGGGUUCAAGAUUUAGGCUCUCCUGCCAGCCUUGCUGUUUCGCUAGCUGUGUGAUCUCUCCAGCAAGAUAACCUCUCCAAAGUCUCAUUUUCCCCAUAUGCAGAAAAGGGAGAAAAAUGCUUUUUAGGGUUGGCACGAAGACCGAGUGAGAAAGUGCUGAGCAACGUUGCUGUCAGAUACUGAAACAACAAACAGCCUUCAGCUGCCAUGAUUUCUAGAACCGUUUUCAUUGUCAUCCGCGCUUCCCAAAGCACAGCGCCCACAGCAAUCCCAGGGCUUGAGUGGGCUCUGGGGGGACCGUAGGGGAAACUGUGCACUCGGUGUGAGAUGGUUCUUCAUUUCCCAGACUCAGCCACUCAGCUCCUCCAGGUGGCGGGCAGAGGAAUAAGCAAGGUUUCGCUUUUAGUAUCUAAUGGAAGCCCUGGGUGCUGCUUGUCUGACUUUCAUAUUCGCAGUUAAACACAAGACACCUCUACCCUCCUGUUGUCCGAGAGUGUCAGAGAUGCCACGUUGAAUUCCUACCGCUCCAGUUUUGACCUCAACUGAAGGCCAUCUCUUCAUGCGGGGAUAUGUAUGUCAUGGAGCACUCUUGACGACUUCAACUCUUUGCUAGUUCUGAUCUUCGUGAGGCAAGAUUUCUGGACACGGAGUGCAGAACACAGUAGGGAAAUGAUCUGGAUGCCGGGGCUGGCAAAAGAUGGCGGCCGCCAGCACCUCCGGGUCUGGCUUGCAUGCACCAAGAAAGCGCCACUGUUCCUACUGAUUGACUUUAUAAUGAGCAGAUGCUUUCAGUUUGAACUUGCAGAAUAAAAACGUACUAAUGAAAGGUCGCCUUUGUUUCUCUUCGU